AUGCAUAACAGGAGCCACUUUCAUUUACUUCUUGGUAAUAUUGUGUUGCUUGUACAACUUCUGAUAAUUGAUACUAUGGAACAACAAGCAACCAUUCGCUGGCGAGGCUCUCAGAUAGUUCAUUAUGUUGAUCCAACUGUAGAGGCACGCUGUUUAUACGAAAUUAUGCGUCUUAGAAUCGAAAUGAUGGAAAAAGUGAACAAUUUGAAAGAAACUUUAAGAGCUGAAUUACGUGCAGAAAUUCAACAAAGCAACAAUGAACUUCGAGCACAACUUAGACAGAGUAACACGGAACUUGAAGCUGCUAUACAACAGAAUAAAACUGAUCUUCUAAAUCAAAUUCAACAGAAUAAUACGAAAAUUCGAGCUUCACGAAUUAUGCAUAGGGCUCCGCAAAUUAUUACUGGCCCGUCAAAUUAUACAAAUAAUGCGGCUCUUGUUAUCAUGGUUAUUGCAUUUAUGUGGAAUGUAUUUUUUGCCUGCGUAUGUAUUGUAUCUACAUUAAUUAUCAAUAUACAUGCAUAA